AUGAAGUUCCUCUCAACUGUCGCCGUGGCACUCGCCUCGAUGUCCGCUACCGUUAUGGGAAGCAAAUACCCAUAUGAAAGACUCGACAAAGAGAAGGCUGUCCUUCUUGUCGUCGAUCUUCAAGAUGGCCUCUACAACGCUGUUCGAGACUUCGACCCUGUUCCCUUCAAAGAGAGCAUCAUUGCCCACGCCGCCAUCGGAAAGCUGUUUGAUAUACCAGUUAUCUUGACUACCUCUGCAGAGCAAGGACCCAACGGGCCUCUGCCAAAGGAAAUUACCUCGAUGUACCCCAAGGCACCUUUCAUCAAGCGCCAGGGCGAAGUUGAUGCCUGGGACAACAAGGACUUCCGCAAUGCUGUCAAGGCUACCAACCGGACCCAAAUCAUCCUUGCUGGAAUUGUGACCGAUGUUUGCACAGCUCAUCUCGCCCUGUCUCUCCGAGCUGAGGGCUACUCCGUGUGGGCCAAUGCCGAAGCUUCAGGCAGCUCUUCUACCUUCGUCCGCGAUGUAUCCAACGACAGGAUGAGACACGCAGGUGUGCAGGUUGUCAGUCUGUUCUCAAUCGUUUGCGACCUCAUGAGGGACUGGCGAAAUGUUCCUGGUGCCGCGGAGGUCAUUCCUUACCUUGACAAGUAUUUCCCCGUCUAUGGCAUGGUUGCUAGGGCUCAUGGUGCUGCCAAGAUCAACGGAGUCCUCCAACCUGGUGAGGCUGGUCUUCUCUAA